AACAACAGGUGGACGAUUCGGUGGUCGGACUUUGUUGGCAGAACGAUCAGAUUGCUUUUCAGAAGAAUGUCUGCUGCAAGCAGUCUGUGUUGGAAAAGCUGCUGCAAAAUCCUCUGAACAAAUGGCUUACAUCAGUCUGCAGAGACAUGGAGGAAAUAACCGUACCACCUCAGGCGUGCAAGUACUCUGACUGGACCCGUCCCAUCAUAGUGGACAUGACUGAGGUGGCUCUCUGUGCUGAGAUGGACCCACUUAACUUUACCUCCAAAGUCUGUGCCAAUAAUACAGUCCUACAAAACCUGCUGGCCAAUCAGGACAACACCUGGCUAAUAGAGCACUGUGCCAACUACUCAAAAGACCCAGGGCGAUCUUCUAAUAAAAGUGUGGAAGGAGGAGGCGUGACUAAACAGUGUCAAUACUCCAGCUGGAUCACAUCUCCACCAGAUGCUGCACUCCUGGCUCUAUGCUGGGAGAAUGAUCAGACCAAUUUUUUCUUAUCCAUUUGCCCUAAUGACGGUCUUCUCCUGUUUCUGUCCCGUGAGCCGUGGAGCCAGUGGGUGAACAAGAUGUGUACCACCUACACCACCUAUACCACUGCCACCACCACCAGCAACAAUAGCAACAACAACACUAGCACCACUACGGACCCUAAUUUUUGCCUAGCAAGAAAUCUGGUGAAGGAGUUCAACUGGAGCUGCUCUACCAUCUUUGCUUCAGCCUGUCAGCCGUGUGCCACUCAGAAUAUGGUCCUGCAGACAGUAGUGCGCUGUUGGGUGGACAGCGUGCGGUCCAGGAUGGUGGAUCUGCUGACUCCACCUGUGGCUAGAGCAUUGGAGCAGGCAGUCAGCACCACUGUGGUUCUCCUGUUAUCCCUGGAGGAGGUUCAGCUCACCCAGUGGCAUGUCACCGAGACAAUACGUCCAAGUGUGCUAAAAUCUGUGGUCAACUAUUUCAAGUUGGAGGACAACUCUGACAACAAGAGAGUCUUACUACAGUGUUUUGGGACGGUGCUAAGCAGCCUGCUGCAGACGGGAAGAAACCUGCAGAACACUGACGAAAUGCUUCUCAUUAAGGCGUACUUCAAUUUAUCGCUGAGCAGCCUGAGGCCAGUGCUCAAAGAAGCUCACAAUCACACCAUCAGACUCAUCCUUCAGUACUACGCCAGUGUCAAAGACACACUGCAGUUGCCCAAUGAGUACCUGUCCACCAUGGUGUCAGAGAUACUGCAGACCCACCUGGUAAAAGAUGUUACACUUUUCCCUGAGCUGGCUCCAAUGCUGACUAAAGCCAGCCCAGCUGAGAUCCAAGCUUUGCCUUCCUGGCAGAACAACAUCAAUGUUCGGGACAAAAUUAAUGAAAUCUUAAAGAGCAUGACCCCGGACCAGCAGCAGGCCUUUGGAUUGUGGUACAGCAGAGCAUUGUCCCCCUCCAACAUCACCAGAGGUCAACAGUCGCUCAUCAGGGACACAGGAAACCUGAUCGCCUACCUGCCCUUCCAGAACUUCCAACACCUCUCAGCUGCUCAGCUGCUUGAUGGGCUGGAUGUGUUGCAGAGAAACACCCUCACUCCACUAAAGCAGGAAUUCGUAGCACAAAAGCUCAUCAGCACCUACAGGAACCUGACAGCUCAGGACUUUUCCAGGCUGGGUAGUAUCACAUGCCUGGCAGACCCAGCAGAUCUCUAUGUUUAUAAAGGCACCGAGGCCUUCAGGGUGAUCCGGGAGAGUAUUAUGAACUGCACACGCAAAGGGCUCCGUUUGCCAAGCGACCUGGUUUUCAAUAUUUUACUGAACACCACCGAGCUGCAGGUGCCGUCUGCAGUCCCUGCUGAGCGCCUGGCAGAGAUCGCGCUCCUCCUGCCCUCGCUGGGCGUGACUUUCCUGCAGGGUCUCUCUACAAAUCAGCUGCUUUCUGUCCUCCCCACCCUGAACUCUAUUCCAUUCAGUCCUGCACAGGCAGCUGUAAUAGUAGACAAGCUGUCUUCAGUCAAUGGAUUUAUCCCAGACCGGCUGGGGGAGCUCGGCUCUCUCAUUGUAGGAGUGAAGACAGAAACAUUGCUGACGCUUACAUCUGAUAAACUGCUCUCAACCCUUGUUGCUAUUUCCCAACACACACAAUGUCUCUGUCUGCUUGACAGAAAAGGCCUCCUCCUCCCUCCACAAGCCAAUGCUAUAGCCACCAAACUCUGGGGCUUCCCAGAGGUGGUCACCUGGUUGAACGAUGUAGCUCCUUUGCUCGGCUGCACACCCCUAAUCAGUGUUCUUCCAAGGAAACGUCUACUUGUGAACAGCCUCUCCAAUACAUCUACAAAACCCUGGAACACGCAGCAGGCUAAAGGAAUUUUCAGAGAGGUUCUUGAUACUAACCCAAAUAUGAUCAAACAACGUUUCUUGAAUCUGGGAACGCUGGGGCAGGGUGUGAGCUGUGCUGUCUUAAGAGAUCGUUUUCAGGCAAAUCCGUCACUUUCUUCAGUGAGAAGCAUCCUGGCCUUGCUCAGGCAGCAGCCUGGUCUUCUGCACACCUCACUGAAAAACUGUAUAAUCGAGGUGCUCUAUCACUUUGAGUUCUUCUUUGAACUGCUUGAAGAUCUUGGAGUUGAAAUUGCGCUUUCGAUGCCGGUGAGUGCCAUAAAAAGGUUUUCCACAGAUAUGAUGAACAGUCUCAGGAGGAUGAUUAAAGCAGGACCGCAUCACUUUCUCCUGCUGUCCCGAACAAAGCAGCUGCUGCUGGUGGAUAAAAUGGUGCAGAGGUUGGACAUGUAUACAGGCGUGUUCACGGAGGAGGAGUUCCGUUCGCUUGGCAUCAUGGCACCGUUUGUGGUAGAUGAGGUUUUUAUUCAGGUGGACCGAAGGUUCUUCAUUCAAAAUCUGGAUUUCCUCCAUGGGCUCUGCUACAGCAGCACCAAGAUGGAAAUCGUGGCUCGUAUUCUCCAAGAGCCUGCUGCCUUUGGCCCAGUGCAGAAUUGGGACCAGACAACACUCAGUCAGGUGGACCGCUUUCUCUUCUUCCUGCCUAAAGACCAACUGCAGCAGAUUUCCCUGGCAUUGAUGACUGUGGAGCGAAUAGAGAAGCUGUUCAUGAGCCACCAUCGGUGGGAACGUGGAGACGUCGGGAUGCUGUGUUCAGAUGAGACUGAGAGGAAGACCAUUUUUGAAAGGCAGCAGUUUGUUCUGCAGUUUUUCCUGGGCUUCCUUAAACUAAAUUCUCAGUCAUUGACUCCAGUGGUUCCUACUUGUGAGAUUUUGCAUACAACAGCCCCCUCCGUUUGGCUCUCCAGCAGUUUGACUAGCAUGUCUUCAUCUGCCUUCUCCAACUGUCUGGAGCUGAUGGGUCACGACCCGUUCCUUGCAUCCUACCAACGCACUGAAGUGCUCAGGAGAGUCAAACAGAUAUAUGGCCCAGUCUCCUCCUUCUCCCAGGCUGUCAUCUCUCAGCUCGGUGUAAUAGCGACACAGCUAUCAUUAGACGAGCUGAAUGCCAUUCGACUGACUGAGCGGAGAAGCAUCGCCGCUCUGGGCACAGUCAGUGACUGGAAUAGCAGACAGCUGGCCACACUGUUUUCCACCGUGUUAAACUCCACCAAGCAGAAUCCGAGCCAGCUUGACUCCAGCACUCUGGUGGCAAUGGGAUACAUUGUGUGUGGUGCUAAAGCCACAGAGAUGAGGUCUUUCAAUCCUAUAGAGCUCAGUAAGGCGGUUCUCAGGUUGGGUCGGCUCAGGCUGUCCUGCUCAGAGGAGCAGCUGCAAGCUCUUGUUGAACUGCUAACCCACAGCCUCGCUUUUGGACUCAUGAGUUCCUGGGGCACCGAUGUGUUCAUUGAGAUCGGAGUCCUGGCAGUGGGUAUCCCAGACAUGGCCAUGUCAGCGCUGGUAAAAGAGCAAAUUGAGGGAAUUGCACCUUUGGCUAUCUCAAUGAUGCCACAAGAAAAGUUUGCUGUGGUAUUCUCCCCGGAAAAGAUUGUCAUGUUCUCCUACGAGCAGGCUGUUGCAGUAACUGAUAACCAGCGCUCUGUUCUGUCAGACCUCCAGAAAACAGCUCUAGCUAUGGUGCUGACACCCUGGGACGAUAAGCCUGUAGACUUCAGAGGGAGGUCACUGGGGUUGGCGUUGAGCCACAGCCCCCUGUGUCUCUUAUCGGGACUGCUGAUGCUGCUGACCGUCCUGCUCUGCCCUGACACAUGACCUCGUUCACCCCAGCCGAAUCAGGAGACCCCCUCUUCCACAUGAUGAUUGUCUGUCUGCACAAUGCUGUAUUUCUUUGAAAUAAACAGGAUUUAAAGCUUUCCGUACUCUUUUUAGCAACACUGUAAUUGAUCUUGUAUAACUAUUACUUUAACAUCAACAUUUAGCAGUGAAAGAACAAAGUUUGAGAGAGUAAGAGCUGUUUGUUUUAAUCAGCAAGUCUAUCUAAUACCCACAGAUCCUAGACUAUUUAUUUAUUUUUGUACAAACCUAUCUAAACACUUUACUUUCCCAAAUAUAUCCUUCUCAGGGAUGCCAUACCUAGAAAUAAUACUUAAAAAUGAUAAAGGUUAAAAUAUAAUUGUUGUGCAGUUAUUACAAAAGAAAUCUGUUGCAAAUGUACAAAGUUAUUUAUUUUUGGGGAACUAUAGAUUUAUGUGAGUAAUAGUGAUAACACUUUCUAUAUAUCUGUCUAUUUUGAGUUAUCUUGAUUACAAAACAAUACCUAGUAGGGCCUGAUUGUACUAAUAUUGAUCAACUUUGGUCUGUUGUUGCUGUGAGUUUUGUACUGUUGUGCACACUUUGUGGUGUGAUUAAAAUGAAUCUAAAUGAUCAAUAAACUGAACCAAUCUACCUCUGAUUGGCUCUUUUUAUUGCUUGUUAUUGUUGUAGUUUUACCCACAGCUCUGUUCACUAUUCAAAAAGCAUUUGACACUACAGAUGACAGAUUACUAAAGAUAAAGCUGGAGAUAACGGUAUCAAAGGGGUGGCACAUUCCUGGUUAAAUAGUUACCACAUUGAUAGAUACCACUGUGUGCAAAUAAAUAAUAACUCUGGUUUCA